GCCAUUACUACACAAAGCACUGUUUCAUGUCGUCUCUGUAAAAAGUCAAACACAAGUGAAAAACCUUAUUGUGAUAUAGUGAUAAGUGUGCCAAAACAGAAUAAUGGAGGAUGACCAACAGUUUUGUCUGAGAUGGAACAAUCAUCAGUCUACCCUUGUGGCAGUCUUCGACACACUGUUGGAAAAUGGGACGUUGGUUGAUUGCACAUUGGCAGCAGAGGGCAAAUGUCUCAACGCCCACAAAGUGGUCCUUUCAGCAUGUAGUCCAUUUUUUGAGUCGUUGCUGUCGCGACACUACGACAAGCACCCCAUACUAAUAUUGAAAGAUGUGAAGUUCCAAGAACUGAAAGCGAUGAUGGACUACAUGUACAGGGGUGAAGUGAACAUAUCGCAGGACCAAUUGGGUGCGUUACUGAAGGCGGCUGAAUCGCUCCAGAUAAAGGGUUUAUCUGACAACAGAAAGGGGGGAGAGACUGACAGAAAGCCGGCGGCACCGCCACCAGCCCCCUCAAAAAGUCCGCAACCAACGUCGCUUCCAAAAGUACAAGGCCUAACAAUAGAACAGCGAAACAGAGACGAUAGUAGGGAGGGUUCGCAGUCACCAGGACCCCGAAAGAAAAAAAGGAUACGGCGUAAAAGCGAAGAGUUAGAUAAUCACCAUGACGCUUCAAAUUCAUCAGAAUCUCAUAGUAAUCAAACACCCGCCCAAAACAUUCCCACGAUGUUACCUGCCUCGAAAUUAAUCGCCGACGUGCCUGAACCCGUAGAAACCAAAUCCGAAAUCCUGACGAGGCAUAAACAGUCCGACGACGUUCCCCAAGUUCCUAUAAUAAAAGAAAAAAUAGAAACACAUACAGAACUGAUGCUUGAACCAAAGUCUGAGUAUGUUGAAGAAAUGAACGAGGACAGUAUUGAGGAUUUGACGUUGGACGAUGAUGAUAUUAGCAAUAUGGAAUCAAUGGACGAUGGAGCUGGGCCUAGUCAUGGCAAUGCGGGUGAAGGAUCGAGUCAAGGUUUUGGAGGUUGGCACAUGGGUAACCAAAGUCAAGACGAAGUAUUUUUGGCCGCACAAGAGGCCGUAGGUGCACAUCGUGAUUCACAAGCACAAGAUUUGCGUGUUUCUCGCCCUUGGGAGCGCUGGCCUUCGCAUCUUGCCCUGCCUAUGAUGCUAAUGCGUGAAAGCAUGAAAAAGUCGAUGAUUCAGUCGGUGAAUCGGUCUUCUCUCGAUUUAAGCACCUCAUCUCCAAAGUCUAGGAAUCGGACUAGUUUAGAUGGGACUGGUUUCGAUUGCUCAGUUUGCGGUAGGAUAUAUAAAUUGAAAAGUUCUUUGCGUAAUCAUCAGAAGUGGGAGUGCGGAAAAGAGCCGCAGUUCAAGUGCCCUUAUUGCGUCUAUAAAGCCAAGCAGAAGAUGCACAUGGCAAGGCACAUGGAACGCAUGCACAGAGAGGUCGAUUACUCCUCGGUAAAGACCGAGAUCGCUGUUAAAAGUGAGAGCGGAGACGCUGAAUGACUUAAAAAGUAGACCGACUCAAGCCCCAGUUACUCCAUAAACAUACGCGCCAUGUUAUUUUGUUAACUAAAAUACUCCUCAACACGUUCCUAAAACAACGUAAUAACAGUAAUUAAACUUUCACUAUGCUGCCUUAUCCCCUGACGCCACGGUUGCGAGCAGGCGGAAACAUUUGUGAUACUUGAAAAAUCCGACAAUAUUCAAGACUGUUACACAUCACUUUUGGAUUACGUUUUACCGUUCCUAUAAAUUUUCGACGAUAUUUUGGCGUUUUUUAGUAUUUUGUAAUUUUUUGUGAAAAGAAUAUUUAUAUGUGAUAAAAAUGAUAAAAUAUGCUCUUUACGAUGAUAUUUUUAUGUGAAUAGUUUACCUAAAUGAAGUGCCUCACAUAGUUAAAUGUUCCUUGAAGUGUAUCUCUAGAUAUAAGUUACCUU